GGCAGGCAGGCAGGCAGGCAGCAGCAAUGAACGAUCGCGAUUGUCGUCGUGAGUGAGAUCAUGAGGGAAGUGGACACUUCGGAAACAUCCGUCGUAUGGCCUGCAUGGUGUUACUCAGGAGAAACAACAGUUAAUGAAGAUUUACCACAACGGCUGGUGGCGGCGGCAGCAGCAGCAGCAUCGGCUGUUUCGCCUUCCCCGAUAGUGCUACUGGGGCAGCAAGAAGACCAUCAACGGCAGAACGCACGAAACCAACAGGAGCACCGCCAAGCGUCAUCAAAUCAAUCUCGGUCGUCAUCAGCUUCAUCAGCGUCAGUGUCAUCGUCACCGGCGUCUUCACCUCACUCGCGCACAUCUCCCUUGUCCCGGCUGGAAAGGCGGAGGGUAAAGCGAAAAUCAAUCACACGUACGUCGCUGUUUAACCAAUCACCGGUGGCUGGACUGGCAAGUAGCGCUAUUGCGGCUGCCCUCGAAGCUGGCUCCGUUGCAGCCGUACCCGGCAGCUCUCCCGGUGGACUUUUAGGGCUUUCGGCAAAUCGUCGGGUGGCAGAGGUGCUGUACAAUGGUCGAUCGCUUGAAGGAAGCAAUGGUGCAGUGUUGUUGAGCAAUAAUCAACACGAUCGCAGUUCCGACGACGCACAGAACGAAGCGGCCAGUGACGAGGAGAUUGAUAGCGUGAUACAGACGAAGAAGAAACAGAGCGUGCAGAACAAUCGUUUUAGCGUUAUCAAUACUAAGCUCCUUCAGGAGUAUCAGCAACAGCGGCAAACAAAAUUGCAAACAUUGGACAAGAUGCUGAGCGAGCGAAUUUACGAUCGGAAGAAGUACUUGAACUCUCCCACCGGAAGCAGUGGUGGAGCCAGUGCGGUCGGAAGCUCCACAUCUGCCAGUGCGUUCUACGAGAAGUAUCGCAAUGGUGCAUCCGGUGAUUCCGGCGAGUCUCAGCUGAACCUGAUUAAGAACGGUACGGCCGGUGGUGUUGGUGGUGGCUCCAUCGGUAGUCUCAACGGCGUUAGCUCCAGUGCCCAUCUCAGUGCAAUAGCGGCAAGCAUUAUUAGUAGUAGCAACGGUAGCAAUAAAGGUAGCAACGUUAGCAAUAACAGUGAAGAAAAUGGCACACUGUCGCUUCAUGGUGGCAAUAACAGCAGUAGUAACCAAAUUAGUACCAACAAAAAUGGUAACAGUGGUAAUAACAACAAUAACAAUAGUAAUACUAAUAACAACAACAUCAGCAGUGGCGCUAUCGGACUUGCGAAUAAUAGCAACAGCAGCAGCAUCAAGAGCGAGCGGUUCAGUCCUCCAAACAACGAUGCACAAUCGAUGGCUUCGAGGUCGCGAAGUGUGACACCAUCGUCCUUCUCUGGGACGCCACCACAGACGAUGCACACAAGUGAUGCCGGGUUCUCCAGCAGUAUUUCUACCGGCGGAUUGCUUCCGUCCCCGAACUCCUCGUCCGGUGCGGGGAAUUCCAUUGAACGGACUGAAUUUCAGACGCGAAAUUAUUCCGAUUUCAUGCGCAGCCUGGCCGCCAAGUACAACAACAAUAACAACACUAAUGAUGUAUCGAGUAUGAAAAAUUCUUUUCUUGAACCAAAAAUGCGCCUCAUUCAACCCAAAUCGUACAUGGAGCGAUCAUUGAACAGUAAGAAAGGCAGCCCUCUUACCUCCACUCAAGUACCUAAUCCAAGUAUUAUGACGUCGUUGUUUUCGGGUCUUCCAUUCCAAUCGGCCGUCUUUCCACCACUGAUUGAUAUGAGCAGCACCCAGGCAUUGGUUACGCUGGCUCGAGCUGCAAAAGACUCUGAAGUACACAACAUUCUGAAAGCAGAUACGGGCGGUGGUCUCAAGAAAUUAUCUUCUCUGUCGCGUGGUAACUCUCCACCACCGACAGCCACACUUGGAAGUCAUCAUUUCCCUUCGCCCUUCGGUACGGGUUACCUGCCCCGAUUACUUCCGAACCAUCACCACUUGGCCAGUUUUCCCUCCCAGUCCCCGACGCUAGCAGCCGCCAGUGGUCCACUGAAGUCUCCUUCGCGAGCGCCCGAAUCAACUGCCCUCGUUUCCACCUUCCCGCUCGACCUAAGCGCCUCGACACCGUCGGGCAGCAAGAGGAUAAAGCUUUCGCCGACCCCUAGUCGUCAUCAGGAAACAUCACCAGCGCCCAGUUCCACCAACAGCCAACCGUCCGCAGAUUCGCUCGAUCUCAAGCCGAUCCGGAAGUGCCACGCACGCGUAGAAGAAAUCAGUGCCUGGACGGUGGACAACGUGUGCGACUUUGUUGCCAGUAUUGAUAUCUGCGCCGAGUAUGUACAGAACUUUCGUGAUCAGAGCAUCGACGGUUCAGGAUUGCCGCUGCUAACGGAGGAACACCUGACAAACUCGCUCGGCAUGAAGCUGGGCCCGGCACUGAAGCUGCGAUCGAUGUUGGCCAAAAAAUUGGGUGGUCCUUGUCCGUGUGCACUGUGCAGCGUGCCUGCUCCAACGCCUCCGGCCCGAACCAACAGUAGUGGCAGCAGUAGCAGCAAAGGCGACACAACUCCCACCAAUCGGCCGCCGAGCAACGAAGGCUCGAUUGGUUAGC